ACGUUACUUAUGUUUUGAUAUGCUGUUUUAUUUUUUGUUUAUUCCAGCACAAGUUGUAGAAAAACAAGAAGAAAGCUCACUAUCUAUAGAUACUAGAAUACCUACGUACAUAAAAGUAAAGGAUAUCUAUUUACUGAGGACCGUUUAAAAAUUUGAGGAAGUUUUUUUUUGCAUAUAAUAAAUGAACCCAUGGAAUUGAGAGAUGCAUUAUUCGGAUAGUUGGUUCUAGUGGCCAUUCUCAUUUUAUUCUUAGUGUGUUUUGUGUAAACACACUCUUUCUUUGAUAAAGACAGAUUUAGUUACAAGUGCAAACCAUAACCAAAGUGGUUACUCAAAUUUUGUGCCACUUGAGGAUUUUUGUUUAUCGGGGGAUUAAUGUCAUUCACCUUCUACCACAUCCAGCCUCACUUACAAACUACAAGGGUCACUACACCAUGGCGCCUAGUUACAAAGAUAAAUGGUUUGUCAUAGGAAUAUCAGGAGUAACCUGCGGAGGAAAAACCACCUUAGCCUCAAAGUUGACAAAUAUUUUAUGCCCAGUUUAUGUGUUUAACCAGGAUAAGUAUUUCUAUCCUGAUGAUAGUCCCAAGCAUGUGAAAUGUAAGGGUUUAAAAGAACCUCAUAAUAACUAUGAAAUUCUGUCUUCUAUGGAUAUGGGCAGUAUGUAUAGUGAUAUUCUAGAUACAAUGGAGGGGUUUUCGGAUAAGUCUGUGGAUAGAAAUAUUUGUGAUAAGAGUGGGCAGUUGAAGCUUGGAAGUAAGAAAAUACUUAUAGUUGAAGGUUUCACAGUGUUGAACUAUAAGCCUAUACUGGAUCUUUGUGAUGUGAGGUACUACCUAGUACUGGAGUACUCAAUAUGCAUGUUACGUCGCAUUCUGAGGCUCUACUCACCACCCGAUGUGGCCUGCUACUUUGAGCUGUAUGUGUGGCCAGAACACAUGAGGUAUCGGGCAGAGAUUGAGAAAGAUGUAUCGAUUGAAAUCCUAGAUGGAUCAAUGCCAGACAUCUUUGACAGUGUAGUAAAACAACUGAAGAAUUUAGGUUUCAAACCUAGCUAGUGCUAGGAUCUGAGGCAUCACUGCCAUAGUACAAAAUAUACACAUAUCAGUAGAUAUGAUUAGCAAAAAAUUACUAAAUUACUUUGUUACUUGUUUGUAUUUUAGAUACACAAGUUAUUGGACUGAAAAAAAGCUUUUCUUUAAAUAUAAAAUGAAAGUACAUAAAAUAA